AUGAGUAUGUACGGGAGAGAUCCGUGGGGAGGGCCGCUUGAGAUCAAUGCGGCGGACUCUGCCACCGAUGAUGACCGGAGUAGGAAUUUACAGGACUAUGACAGGGCGGCGCUGUCACGGCCGUUGGAUGAGACUCAGCAAAGCUGGCUGCUGGGCCCUGGGGAGCAGAAGAAGAAGAAAUAUGUAGAUCUGGGGUGUAUUAUUGUGAGCAGGAAAAUUUUUGUUUGGACUGUGGGUGCAAUCUUGGCUGCGGGACUCUUGGCUGGAUUCAUUACUUUGAUCGUCAAGACUGUGCCCCGACACCACCACCACCCGCCUCCCCCGGAUAAUUACACGGUGGCACUUCGCAAGGCGCUCAUGUUCUUCAAUGCCCAGCGCUCUGGAAAGCUUCCGAAGCACAAUAAUGUGUCAUGGAGGGGAAACUCUUGUUUAAAUGAUGGGAAGUCUGAUAGUGCAACUAUAUUUAAGGACCUGGUAGGUGGCUAUUAUGAUGCUGGAGAUGCGAUCAAGUUCAAUUUCCCUCAAUCUUUUGCCAUGACUAUGUUGAGUUGGAGCGUGAUAGAAUACAGUGCAAAGUAUGAAGCUGCUGGGGAGCUUAACCAUAUUAAAGAUAUUAUCAAGUGGGGGACGGAUUACUUCCUCAAGUCUUUCAACUCCACUGCUGAUUCCAUAGAUCAGCUAGUGAUGCAGGUUGGAAAGGGUGGCACUUCGGACGAUUCAGAUCCGAAUGAUCACUACUGUUGGAUGCGCCCAGAAGAUAUUGAUUAUGAUAGGCCAGUUGCUAUAUGUCAUAGUUGCUCGGAUCUUGCUGCGGAGAUGGCUGCUGCUUUGGCUUCGGCAUCCAUUGUUUUCAAGGAUAACAAGGCCUACUCACAAAAGCUCGUCCAUGGUGCCAAAACCCUCUUUAAAUUCUCCAGGGACCAGCGUGGUAGAUACAGUUCCGGUAAUGAAGCUUCAAUUUUCUACAACUCCACCAGCUACUGGGAUGAGUUUGUGUGGGGUGCAUCUUGGCUAUACUAUGCUACUGGAAAUUCUUCCUACCUUCAGCUGGCUACGACUCCUGGUCUUGCCAAGCAUGCUGGUGCAUUUUGGGGAGGCCCGUAUUAUGGCGUAUUAAGUUGGGACAAUAAGCUUGCUGGAGCACAAGUGCUUCUGAGCCGAUUGAGAUUGUUCUUGAAUCCUGGCUACCCUUAUGAGGAAAUUUUGAGAACAUUUCACAACCAGACUGGCAUAUUUAUGUGCUCCUUCCUGCCGGAUUUUACCACAUUUAACAGAACUAAAGGAGGCAUGAUUCAGUUGAACCAUGGAGCACCUCAACCUCUUCAGUAUGUAGUCAAUGCAGCAUUCUUGGCUACGGUGUUCAGUGACUAUCUUGAGGCCGCUGACACACCUGGGUGGUACUGUGGACCCCAUUUCUACCAAACUAGUGUUCUCCGGAAAUUUGCUGAGACCCAGAUAAACUACAUCCUCGGCAAGAAUCCUAGAAAGAUGAGCUAUGUUGUGGGCGUUGGAAAUCACUAUCCAAAACACGUCCACCAUAGAGGUGCAUCCAUACCCAAGAACAAGGUCAAAUAUAACUGCAAGGGAGGAUGGAAAUGGAGGGAUUCAAAAAAGCCAAACCCUAAUACCAUUGUUGGGGCCAUGGUUGCUGGUCCUGAUAGACAUGAUGGAUUCCAUGAUGUUCGUACAAACUACAACUAUACAGAGCCGACCCUUGCAGGAAAUGCUGGUCUAGUUGCUGCACUUGUCGCCCUAUCCGGAGAUAGGACUACAAAAAUUGACAAGAACACGAUAUUCUCUGCAGUACCACCAAUGUUCCCCACACCUCCACCGCCACCAGCUGCUUGGAAACCAUGA